UCUUAGAGUACUGGGGCUAUAUCAGGCAUGACAGGUUGAGCAGGGUUAAGUCACAUAGAGACGAAGGACUAGAGGUAGGUGAGAUUUUAAUGGUGAUCUUAUGUGGUCGGUAUCUAUAUAUAAUAGCUAGUCGUCUGUAACACCGGCAGACAGUACUGAAGCAGAUCAAAUCUAACAGGGAGAAGGAAUUGUUCGCUGCACCAUGUCAUAUUUGUGGAUUAUAUCACGACUGAAGAGACUCCUAACAGAGGAGAGGAACACAAUCCCAGUCGAGAGACAGUCGUUAGCGAGUUAAGGAUCCAGAUACUAUAAAUAUGUUGCUAAAGCGAGCAGAAACCACAGUUUCUUGAAAGCAAACGGCUUGGAAUAUACAAUAAUUCGGAUAUGGAAAAAGUUUAACGCAAGACUUGGAUUCCAGUGAUCUUUGACCUGUGGCUGGUGGAAAAAGUUUAACGCAAGACUUGGAUUCCAGUGAUAUUUGACCUGUGGCUGGACCAGGCUGUACAAUAAUUCGGAUAUGGAAAAAGUUUAACGCAAGACUUGGAUUCCAGUGAUAUAUGACCUGUGGCUGGUGGAAAAAGUUUAACGCAAGACUUGAACUCCAGUGAUAUUUGACCUGUGGCUGGACCAGGCUGUACUCAGUGGGACAGUUCUUGAUUCGUGUGUUAGACGGUGGGGGGCGGUAAAGUGGCGACAGUGCCGGGUGUGAUGGUAGUUGUACUGAUUACACUAUACGGCCGAGUAUCUACUGAUUGGCCGGCCAUUGAUCACCAUUCCACCUCCGCUUACACCAAGUUGUGAUCAAACAUCCCGGACGUUAAUUUAUGGAGAAUAGCUUACCGACGAGCUGAUUUGUAAAUGUUUGUCCAUUUGGUCAAACAAAUGUUUUAAUAGACCACUAAACGUAAAUCAAACAAACUGGACGGUCGCGAUAAUACGUGUUUAAAGGCCGCACGCGAUAAUGUAUACCCACUCGGGGUUGUUGUUGAUGGUAAGCAUUACAGUAACUCAAUGUGUAUUAGAAUGAACAUGCUUAAGUCACAUACUUGAGCUUCAUAACGUUAUUGUUGAGACCCCAUCGUGGAGACAAUCAGCGUUACAGUGAUAGAUGGCAUUAAGUGUACCAACGAUGUGAAUACCGGUCGAUGCUAUAUAUGAAUAACCUUUAAUAAAAUGGGACCAUUUCACGAUCAAAGUCAGAUAAUGGAAUUUGCAGACGAGUCCAUAGCUGGGUCGUCCCUCAGAGGCAGUCCGAAUAUGUUUGAGGAAGAACAGUUGAGAUUAGAAUCCGCUUUUUCAGAGUUCGGCCUUUGUGAAGAGGAUACUGACGAGGGUCGGUUGUCUCGUGCCCUGCAGUCUUGGAUGCCUGACUACGAAUUCUCGAGCAUCAAACCGCUGGAGAAACCUCCAAUUCAACCGAUAUACAGCGGCCGUCUCGGUGAACACAAACACCUGAAGCGGUCCUCAAGCGAGGACUCCAUUGUAACUAAACUUUCCUUGUUUUCUUGCUCUACGGGCCAGGACCUCGAGGAGGAGGUAGCAACUAUUCGCAAGAAAAGGAGGAAAAGGAAGGGAGCCUCUGCUGUGAAGGAAGCGGAUGGCCUUACAUGGGGGAAGCUUGAAGAGCUGAAUAGACAUAAGAGAGGGGCUUUUGCAAGUUUAAUGAAGGCUCAGAACGCCAUAGCGAUUGACACGUUUACAGGAGAAAUGGCGGAGGAGGGAGCUAUACAGAAACUGAUGGACCCAGUGGAAAAGGCUGCAAUGGCUCGCGUAGGCAUCACAAAAGGGAUUCACCUCACAUCUGAUCUCAAGAAAAGUGGAAGUAUGACAAAUAUUGACGAGUCUGGUAAACCAAUGGUCCUGUCGUCGUUUAAGGCAAAAGCUACCAGAGUUGCAUCCGCGGGUUCGAAACCAGCAAGUAGAGCUAUCAAUCUUGAGGAAAUACGACAACAGCGUGCAAAUGAAAAACUAGCUCAGUUACAAAAGGCGAGAACUAAGCGACAGCAAGCUCUAAGGAAGCGCGUUUCUAUCGGUAACAUUCAAAGGAAGAUGUCUUUGGCAUCAGACGUUAGCUCUGACUUUGCUCCUAACACACCGUCGGCCCGGUCAUUAUCACCGGAACCGGAAGAAAGGGUCUCCGUCUGGAAAGGAGACCGAGAAAUUCUUGAAAUGGAUUUGCGCAAGGGAUUAACAGGUCGCGCGACCAUCAGGAUAAAAAGCACAACGGCAGCCCUAGAGCGUGUCACGGGUUUUGGGGAGGAAAAUGAUUUCCAACGCACAGUUGGAAGGCAUGAAGAGUUCCCAUUCCAUAUAAUAGACGACUACGGAUUACAUCCAAAAAUUGUGCAGAGGAUUCGUAUUUCUCCUCAGCUCAGUAACGUCAUACAGACUGAUAUAAAAGUGAGAAUGGGUCGGCCGAGAUAUCACGAGAUUCGGGUCAGGGACAUGGAUAUUUGGAACCGGGGUCAGAAACUUGACCGAGGUCACACCAACCUCAAGGUUUUCAACUGGCUACACAGUCUUCGCGAGGAUCUCUUUGAGAAGGACACGGAGUGCGUGGUGAACGAUACAUUGCCCUCUCGACAUGAAAACCUGGGAAUUCUCCACGUGGAGUCAGCGGACGAACCGGAUGUUAAACCGCUGUAUCUUAAAUCAUUUAGAUAAUGACAUGUUUUAAUCUAAUUAUGUUUUAAUAUUGUUGGUUUAACAAUUAACGUUAGAUAUUGAUGUGUGUAUUAUUUAUUUUUGAAAUAUGUGAUUAUGAUAUUUUAUUCUUAUUUGUUGGUUUUAUAAAAAAAACAUCCCUGAUUUAUUUAAUAUGCGUUUGAUUUUGCAAACUGACAAAGUUCCAUUUUUCUAAUUGCUGAUUUCAUGAAAUCCCGAAAGAAAUUGAAUCUGUAUAUGAGAUGAAAAACAGUUACCGUGAAGGUUUUGUUUUAGUUCUGAUAUAUUUAUAUCAACAUGUAAUUUGUUUUGAUUUGACGAAACGAUUAGGGGAAGCCCUAUUGUAUUAUUAUAUAGGCGGUUUUCUACCGUCGCAAAUUAUUUCGAUUGGCCAAUCAAAUUGCGUGUUACAUCUCCCAAAAAUAAUCACAGGGUUGUAUUAUGACAAGGUCGUCACAGGGUAACUUAUGUAGGGGUUAUUGUUUGACAUCGUGAUAUCAAUUGGUAACAUAUGAAGGGGUUAUUGUAUGACAAGAUCGUCACAGGGUAACAUAUGUAGGGGUUAUUGUUUGACAAGAUCGUCACAGGGUAACAUAUGUAGGGGUUAUUGUUUGACAAGAUCGUCACAGGGUAACAUAUGUAGGGGUUAUUGUUUGACAAGAUCGUCACAGGGUAACAUAUGUAGGGGUUAUUGUUUGACAAGAUCGUCACAGGGUAACAUAUGUAGGGGUUAUUGUUUGACAAGAUCGUCACAGGGUAACAUAUGUAGGGGUUAUUGUUUGAAAUCGUCAUGUCACAGGGCAACAUAUGUUUGGGCUAUUGUUUGACAUCGUGAUAUCACAGGACAACAUGUGAAGGGGUUAUUGUUUGACAUCGGGAUGUCACCAUAGGGAAGCAUAUGUAGGGGUUACUGUAUAACGUAAUCACAGGGUAACAUUUUUGGGUAUCGUUUUAAUGGAAAGGCAACAAAAUCAAUCAACUGGUAUGUAAUUACAUAUCGUCCGUAUUGACGUUUUGCUUGUUAUAACAGCUGGUCUUUUAUUACAAUUAAUUGCAUUUUAUUUGCUAUAACAGUCGGUAUGUUAUUUCAUUUUGUUAUAUUAUAACAGUCGGUAUGUUAUAACACUUUAUUUGCUAUAACAGUCGGUAUGUAAUUGCGUUACAUUAUAUUUGUUAUAACAGCCGGUAUGUAAUUACGUUACAUUAUAUUUGCUAUAACAGUCGGUAUGUUAUUUCAUUUUGUUUGCUAUAACAGUCGGUAUUUUAUUUUAUUUUAUUUGCUAUAACAGCCGGUAUGUAAUUACCUUACAUUAUAUUUGCUAUAACAGUCGGUAUGUAAUUACGUUACAUUAUAUUUGCUAUAACAGUCG